UCUGGGUUUAACUAGGGCUUUUCAAAAUAUACACUGCUGCUCAAUUCCCCAAACCAAUCCCACACAGAUUUCUCUCCGAAUUUGAGGAUGAAUAUUGUCAAAUCUAACUCUUUCAACAAACUCGCUCGAUCGGCGCUCAAUUGCCGCCGAAUCUCCACCGCUCCUCCUCGCCUUCUCAACGAGCUGACUGCUAACGCUUCGCCGUAUUUCUCCACCGUCCGCCAUAUUCGUCAUUUGCGCGACCCGGACACUAGGUAUGAGAUUGCCCCGCCCAUAAACUGGGGAGUCCGAAUUGUGCCAGAGAAGAAGGCCUAUGUUAUUGAGAGGUUUGGGAAAUAUUUGAAGACUUUGACUCCUGGAAUCCACUUGCUGGUUCCAUUUGUCGACAAAAUUGCUUAUGUGCAUUCACUGAAAGAAGAGGCAAUUCCUAUUCCAGACCAGUCUGCUAUUACCAAGGACAAUGUCAGCAUUCUAAUUGACGGAGUCCUCUAUGUCAAGAUAAUGGACCCACAGUUGGCAUCGUAUGGGGUUGAGAAUCCAUUUUAUGCUGUGAUUCAGCUUGCACAGACUACCAUGCGAAGUGAGCUAGGUAAGAUCACACUUGACAAGACCUUUGAGGAAAGGGACACUCUCAACGAGAAGAUAGUGAUUUCCAUCAAUGAAGCUGCGAAAAGUUGGGGAUUACAAUGCCUUCGUUAUGAAAUUAGGGAUAUAUCUCCGCCAAGAGGAGUUAAGGCCGCCAUGGAGAUGCAAGCUGAAGCAGAGCGCAAGAGAAGAGCUCAAGUUUUAGAAUCUGAAGGAGAAAGACAGGCAAAUAUUAAUAUCGCAGAUGGAAAGAAAACCUCUGUGAUCCUUCAAUCUGAAGCUGCAAAGAUGGACCAAGUCAACAGAGCUCUAGGAGAAGCAGAAGCUAUCCGUGCUAGAGCACAAGCAACUGCAGAAGGGAUAGCUGUGGUAUCAAAAGCCCUAAAGGAACAUGGUGGUGUUGAGGCAGCAAGUUUAAGAGUUGCUGAGCAAUAUAUUCAGGCCUUCAGUCAGCUUGCAAAGAAGGGCACAACUAUGUUACUACCCUCGAAUCCUGCCCAACCUGCAAGCAUGAUGGCCCAAGCCUUUUCAAUAUACAAGAGCAUGAUCGUUGAUCAGGCUGGCAUUGAGAAAACUGAAAGUUCAGAAUCCAAAGCUGAAGCUGAGACAGAAGAUCCUAGUCCGCCUUUGGAGCUUGGUGAGGAGAGUUCCCCGGCAACUAAACCUGAUGUAGAAAAGCGGACGAGUGCACCCAUAUUUUCUCUACAAAGCACGAAGAACAAGAAGUAAAAGUGAGGGCGCUGUAUUUUGUGGUUCCAUGCCUGUCUGUGUGUUUCAUUUUGAGAUAGGUGAACUAAUAGCUGUAGAGAUAGAGAGUAAAAGAUGUGCUGCAAUAUUUUUGUGCGGAGUUUAUAUUGCAUUCAUUAAUCAUGGCAAGCAUUACGAGCCAGCACCAGAAUUUUAGAAAAUAAUUGGCCAUUUUUCAGUCGGGAUUAAUCUGAUCUGUACACAGAUAUUUACAUCUUUGUGAAUUUCUUUCUUGAUUGGGAAUCAUA